CAAAAAAGGCGCCAAAAAUUGGCAAAGCACGCAGCUGUAAACAUUUACCGCGUUCAAUCAAUAGCGUUUAUUUAUCAGUUUGAAACAAACAGCGACCCAAAAUGGAUGUGGCAGAUGCUCAGGUCGGUCAGCUGCGCGUCAAGGACGAGGUGGGCAUCCGCGCCCAGAAGCUGUUCCAGGAUUUCCUCGAGGAGUUCAAGGAGGAUGGCGAGAUCAAGUACACACGUCCGGCUGCCAGCCUGGAAUCGCCGGAUCGCUGCACCCUGGAGGUCAGUUUCGAGGACGUGGAGAAGUAUGAUCAGAAUCUGGCCACCGCCAUCAUCGAGGAGUACUACCACAUCUAUCCGUUCCUCUGCCAAUCGGUUUCGAACUACGUAAAGGACAGGAUUGGCCUGAAGACCCAGAAGGACUGCUAUGUGGCCUUCACUGAGGUGCCCACACGGCACAAGGUCCGCGAUCUGACCACAUCGAAGAUUGGCACCCUGAUCCGGAUCUCUGGCCAGGUGGUGCGCACCCAUCCGGUGCAUCCGGAACUCGUUUCCGGCGUCUUUAUGUGCCUCGACUGCCAGACGGAGAUCCGCAAUGUGGAGCAGCAGUUUAAGUUCACCAACCCCACCAUUUGCCGUAAUCCGGUGUGCUCCAACCGCAAGCGUUUCAUGCUGGAUGUGGAGAAGAGUCUGUUCCUGGAUUUCCAAAAGAUCCGUAUCCAAGAGACCCAGGCGGAGUUGCCCCGCGGCUGUAUACCGCGUGCCGUGGAGAUCAUCCUCCGUUCCGAGUUGGUGGAAACCGUUCAGGCUGGCGAUCGCUACGACUUCACCGGCACCUUGAUCGUGGUGCCCGAUGUGAGUGUCUUGGCAGGCAUCGGCACUCGAGCGGAGACCAGUUCGCGCCACAAGCCCGGCGAGGGAAUGGAGGGAGUCACCGGCUUGAAGGCCCUCGGCAUGCGGGAGCUCAACUACCGGAUGGCGUUCCUCGCCUGCAGCGUUCAGGCAACCACAGCCCGUUUUGGCGGCACGGACCUGCCCAUGUCGGAGGUGACGGCGGAGGACAUGAAGAAGCAGAUGACGGACGCCGAGUGGCACAAGAUCUACGAGAUGUCCAAGGACCGCAAUCUCUACCAGAACCUGAUCAGCAGCCUGUUCCCCUCGAUCUACGGCAACGACGAAGUGAAGCGUGGCAUUCUCCUGCAGCAAUUCGGUGGCGUUGCCAAAACCACAACCGAAAAGACCUCGCUGCGUGGCGACAUCAAUGUGUGCAUCGUGGGCGAUCCCAGCACGGCCAAGUCGCAGUUCCUCAAACAGGUCUCCGACUUCUCGCCGAGGGCGAUCUACACUUCCGGCAAGGCCUCCUCCGCCGCUGGCUUAACGGCGGCCGUUGUGCGCGACGAGGAGUCCUUCGACUUUGUCAUCGAGGCGGGCGCCCUGAUGUUGGCCGACAACGGCAUUUGCUGCAUCGACGAGUUCGACAAGAUGGAUCAGCGCGAUCAGGUGGCCAUUCACGAGGCCAUGGAGCAGCAGACCAUAUCGAUAGCCCGCGCCGGAGUGCGAGCCACUCUGAAUGCUCGCACCUCGAUUCUGGCUGCGGCCAAUCCCAUCAACGGACGCUACGAUCGCUCCAAGAGUCUGCAGCAGAACAUCCAGUUGUCGGCGCCCAUUAUGUCGCGUUUCGAUCUGUUCUUCAUCCUGGUGGACGAGUGCAACGAGGUGGUGGACUAUGCCAUUGCCCGCAAGAUCGUUGACCUGCACUCCAACAUCGAGGAGUCCGUGGAGCGGGCCUACACACGCGAAGAGGUCCUGCGCUAUGUGACUUUCGCCCGUCAGUUCAAACCGGUCAUCGGUACGGAGGCCGGACGCAUGCUGGUGGAGAACUACGGACACCUGAGGCAGCGGGAUACGGGCACGGCGGGCCGGAGCACCUGGAGGAUCACAGUGCGUCAGCUGGAGUCGAUGAUCCGACUGAGCGAGGCCAUGGCCAAGCUGGAGUGCUCGAAUCGUGUGCUGGAGCGGCACGUGAAGGAGGCCUUCCGCUUGCUUAACAAAUCCAUUAUCCGCGUCGAGCAGCCGGACAUUCAUUUGGACGAAGACGACGGCCUGGAUGUGGACGAUGGCAUUCAGCACGACAUCGACAUGGAGAACAACGGGUCGGCGGCAAAUGUGGAUGAGAACAUGGAUACCUCGGCAAGCGGUGCUGUGCAAAAGAAGAAGUUCACCCUGUCCUUCGAGGACUACAAGAAUCUGUCCACCAUGCUGGUGCUGCACAUGCGCAGCGAGGAGGCGCGCUGCGAAGUGGAGGGCAACGAUACGGGCAUGAAGCGCAGCGAUGUCGUCACCUGGUAUCUGGAGCAGGUGGCCGAGCAAAUCGAGUCCGAGGACGAGCUCAUCUCGCGCAAGAACCUCAUCGAGAAGCUGAUCGAUCGCCUCAUCUACCACGAUCAGGUUAUUAUUCCCCUAAAGACCACCACGCUGAGGCCCAAGACAAAGGAUACGGAAAAGGACCAAGCGGAGGACGAGGAUCCCCUGUUGGUCGUUCAUCCCAACUACAUUGUGGAGUAAACAACAACAACAACACCAGCUGUUUAUUAUACCCCUAAAACUAGUUAAGUUUCUGUUUCCACUUCACUUUUUUUGGUACUUAGCUGUAAGUUUAGAGACUACUAAAACCAUUAACCAUUUUUGGCCCAUUUGCGGUCCAGUCACGUUCCAAUUCAUUUAUGUUUUCGCCAAAAUAAACGUUCAUCUCAAGUGCA